UACUCGUCUACGACGCUCCCCUCUGAUUGGCUGAACCAUCUGUUGUUUCCGCUGUAUGUCAGCUUCACUGUGGCGUUUUGUGAGGACCUCUGUUGAUCCGAAUUCAAAACACAAAAACUCGGCAGGAUACUGAGUGGUUGGCCAUGGCGUCUGACUCCCCGCGCAGACCGAGCCGCUGUGCUGGUGGGGUUGUGGUUCGAGCACAGGCUGCAACAGAACAGUCAUACAUGGAGAGCGUAGUUACGUUCUUGCAGGAUGUAGUCCCUCAGGCGUACACUGGGACACCUCCAAAUGAUGAAAAAGAAAAGAUAGUUUGGGUCCGUUUUGAAAAAACAGACAUCAAUGAUGUGUCCCGCCUACCAGAGUUCCAAGAGAUGCACGGCAGCGGCACUGACCCACCUCUCUGCUUGAUGAUUGGCUACACUGAUGGAAUGCAGAUUUGGAGCAUAUCACUGAACGGGGAGGCGCAGGAGCUGUUCUCGGUGCGACACGGGCCUGUGCGAACUGCUAGGAUCCUGCCUGCUCCACAUAUUAGUUCCCUCAACACUGACAGCUUCGCUGAGAAACGGCCCCUCCUUGGCGUGUGCAAGAGCACGGGCUCUUCGGGGACAAGUCCCCCUUAUUGUUGUGUGGACCUUUAUUCCUUGAGGACAGGAGAGAUGGUCAAGUCCAUUCAGUUUAAAACGCCCAUCUAUGAUCUUUACUGCAACAAAAGGAUUCUCGUUGUUAGUCUUCAAGAAAAGAUCGCUGCCUUUGACAGCUGCACCUUUAUGAAAAAGUUCUUUGUCACAAGCUGCUACCCCUGUCCUGGGCCCAACCUCAACCCUAUAGCUCUGGGAAGCCGGUGGUUGGCCUAUGCUGAAAACAAGCUGAUCCGGUGUCAUCAGUCCCGUGGUGGGGCCUGUGGAGAUAAUGCCCAGUCCUACACUGCCACUGUCAUCAGUGCCGCUAAAACUUUGAAGACGGGCCUGACCAUGGUGGGCAAGGUUGUGACCCAGCUUGCUGGUACGGUGCCAUCAGGGGUGCCUGACGAGGAGGGCACUGCCCACAGUGGCACCCGCCGAAGCCCUCACCAACCUGGCGUGGUCACCAUCAUAGACACACACACUGUGGGAGAAGGACAGGUUCUUGUUAGCGAGGAUUCUGAUGGAGAAGGAGUGAUUGCACAUUUUCCAGCACAUGAUAAGCCUAUAUCCUGCAUGGCGUUUAACCCGAGUGGUAUGUUAUUGGUGACCACAGACACCCUUGGUCAUGACUUCCAUGUUUUCCAAAUCUUGACUCACCCAUGGGCGUCUUCCCAGAGUGCAGUUCAUCAUCUAUACACUCUUCACAGAGGAGAGACUGAGGCUAAGGUGCAGGACAUCUGCUUCAGCCAUGACUGCCGCUGGGUGGUCAUCAGUACUCUUCGUGGCACCUCGCAUGUCUUUCCCAUCAACCCAUAUGGUGGAGCGCCAUGCGCACGGACGCAUAUGUCUCCCCGUGUGGUCAAUCGCAUGAGCCGCUUCCAGAAGAGUGCCGGACUGGAGGAAAUCGAGCAAGAGCUGAGCAGCAAACAGGGCGGCCGAUGUAGCCCCAUUCCUGGCCUUUCCAGUAGCCCAUCCGGAUCACCACUACAUGCCAAAGUCACCAGUCAAGAAUCCUAUAAUAACUUCACCAACAACAACAUGGGUAACCCACGCCUGUCUGCAUUACCCAGUUUGACGGUCGUGCUACCACUGGCUCAGAUCAAGCAACCGAUGACCUUGGGCACCAUCACCAAGCGCACUGGACCCUACCUCUUUGGGGCUGGAUGUUUUUCCAUUAAAACUCCAUGCAAAGCCAAGCCGCCUCCCCAAAUCUCACCCAGUAAGUCCAGCGGUGGGGAGUUCUGCGUGGCUGCAGUCUUCGCCUCAUCUCGCUCUUGGUUUAUCACCAACCCCAACUUGAAGAGAGAGAAAGAUCAGUCUCGCCAGGCUGUUGUUGAAUCGCUGUACAUCCUGAGUUGCUACGGAAACCUCGUGGAGCAUGUGCUGGAGCCUCGUCCAAUCAGCACGGCUCAAAAGAUAGGCGACGACACGCCUCUGGAGCUGAACACCUGUCCGAGAGCCUGUUGGAAUCUAGCCAGGACACCGCAGUGGAAUGAGCUACAACCACCUUUCAACAGCAACCACCCCUUGGUGCUGGCCUCAGACUUCGUGCAGUACUAUCAGUACCUCCUGGCUGGAUUGGUACCUCCUGGCAGCCCUGGCCCCAUCACCCGGCAUGAGUCUUAUGACAGCCUGGCUUCCGAUCACAGUGGCCAGGAGGAUGAAGAAUGGCUCUCACAGGUGGAGAUUGUUACCCACACUGGCCCUCACCGAAGACUCUGGAUGGGCCCUCAGUUUCAGUUCAAGACCAUCCAUCCAUCAGGUCAGACCACAGUCAUCUCCUCCAGCUCCUCCGUUCUUCAGUCACAGGGGCCCAGCGACACCCAGCAGCCUCUUCUUGAUUUCGACACAGACGACCUGGACCUACACAGCCUUAGGAUCCAGCCCGUGCGUUCAGAGCCUGUUAGCAUGCCUGGGUCUUCUCGUCUGGUGGCCGACCGUAGAGGCCAGUCCACAGUCAUAGAUACCGGCUCAGGCAUGUUUGACCGCAGCGUCACCCUGCUGGAGGUGUGUGGCAGCUGGCCUGAGAGUUUCGGACUGCGUCACAUGUCCUCUGUGGAAGCAACGGAAGAGGGCCUGAAGGAGAGGCUGGCAGAUGCAAUGUCUGAGUCGCCCAGCAGAGACAUUGUAGGCUCUGGGACAGCAGAGCUGCAGAGGGAGGGAAGCAUCGAGACUCUCAGCAAUAGUUCUGGCUCCACCAGUGGCAGCAUUCCCCGGAACUUCGAGGGCUACCGAUCCCCUCUCCCCACCAAUGAAAGCCAGCCCCUCAGCCUCUACCCCACCGCAUUCCCCUAAAACCAGCCGUCCCGCCCAAGGAAACCUCUCUGUCGCAACCUCUCAAACAAUCUUGACAGUACAACCACAACACAUCACCCCAUGAGAGAAGCCACACUCUCUCUCUCCCUCAUUGUGUUUUCAUACCAUCCUGCUCAGCGAUAUCUUUUCUCUAUUCUUUGAAACGUGAAUUUUCCUUUAAUCAAACUUGCCAUGCAGGAAAACCCUGUUCAAUGAGGCCCAGAGUUAGCGUCCUUUGUCAUUCACUCCCCUUGUAGAUUAAUUUCAAUGUAGCCUCCAUCUCAGACUGAGUGCACGUAUAUAUUAACCUUGAUGGGUGGGAUGUACCUUAGAAGGGAUUGUUGCCACUUUUCUCAAAGACGUGUCAUAUUACCAAUAUCAUUUUCAAAAGAAACUUCCAGUGCGUAUCUUUA